AUUGGGGGGCGUUGCCCAGGUGAGAAACGAAGGUGAGCAUGGCUGCAAUAUUCUCAAGAUACAGGAUCAGGCAACAGUAGCCUUACAGGCACACUCACUGAGAUGAGCCCUGGAGGUGGGAGCUUGAAUGGCUGUCUUGCAGUGGCAGGGUUUGCUGCAGCACUCUAUCUGAACAGCCUCAAUGGAGAAUUUGUGUUUGAUGAUCAUGAAGCCAUUGAAACCAAUAUGGAUGUCAGAACAAACACGCCUCUCUCGCAAGUGUUCAGCAACGACUUCUGGGGGCAGCCUUUAUCAGAUCCUGAAUCUCACAAGUCGUAUCGCCCUCUGGUCAUCCUCAGCUUCAGAACUAACAGACUCCUCCACGGACUGUGGGCACCUGGCUUCCAUCUGGUCAACACUGUUCUGCAUGCAGCUGUGACUGCUCUCUACUACCAGCUGCUGUGCAGGCUGAGGCUGGAGUGGAGCACUGUGGUCACUGCUAGUCUGUUGUUUGCUGCUCAUCCCAUUCACACCGAGGCCGUUUCAAACAUCGUUGGUAGAACUGAGCUGCUUUGUGCACUUUUCUUCCUUCUUUCCUUCCUCCUAUACGAUCGCUCCCUCCCUCAAAGACGCCCCUCAACUCACUCGUGGCUACGUUUGUGUCUCUCCAUCUGCCUGGCCGUGUCCUCCAUGCUGUGCAAAGAGCAAGGGGUCACUGUACUGGGGGUGUGCUUAGUGUACGACCUGUUUGUUGUCUGCCAACUGGACCUGGUGGAUUUGCUACAUUGUGGCAAGAUUGUUCUUAAAAGCCUGUACUUCAAAUUGAGAGGACACAAGGCGAAGAAGAGGCACCCUGCAAUGCUCCCCCGGUGGCUCACACUGCUGACUCAGCGCUCUUUAUUCCUUAUCCUCUCUGCUUGUGUCAUUGUCUUUUGUCGCCUCUACAUCAACGGAGGGGGGAAGCCCCUAUUUGUGGAGUCUGAUAACCCCGCCUCCUUCUCAGAACACCCCCUCACUCGAUGGUUCACCUACUCCUAUCUGGUGACCCUCAACGUGUGGUUGCUCCUCUGUCCCUCGUGGCUGUGUUUUGAUUGGUCGAUGGGGAGUGUGCCGCUAGUUACCGAGCUGACAGAUCUGAGGAACAUGGCUACCUGCUUUCUGUUUGGGACUCUCUUCAUCUUCUUACUCUGGACCACUGAUACUCUCGAGAGGAUCAGUUCUCAUAACAGCACUGCUCUGUUUCAAGUCAACAAUGGACCCAACAGUACACCAGUUGAUACACCUGCUGUUGCCCCCGUGUCUAAAGCAACCAGUCGAAGAAGAGGCAUUGUUCUGUUGUCUCUCUCACUUGCUGUGCUUCCAUUCCUGCCUGCUACCAACCUCUUCUUCCCCGUUGGCUUUGUGGUAGCAGAGAGAAUCCUCUACCUGCCCAGCAUGGGAUUCUGUCUCCUUGUUGCCAUUGGCUACAGCAAACUCGUUAAGCUGUCUCCACCUCUCCGCCCACUCAUGACCAUCUUUCUUCUCCUGAGCGUGACCACUUUUUCAGUCAAGACAUUGCUGAGAAAUGGAGAUUGGACAGGUACGGAGGCUCUGGCCAGUUCAGCUAUUCCUGUCAACCCCGGCAAUGCCAAAGUCUUUAUGAGCCUCGGUACUUACUAUACACAGCUGGGCCAGCGAAGAUGUGAGCUGUUCUAUCAUGAGGCCCUGAGGCUGAGACCCAACUACACAGCUGCCUGGACCAACCUCGGGCUAGUCAUGAUCAACACAGAUCGUCCGGUUGAAGCAGAGAGAUGCUAUACGAAGGCUCUCUCUAUUAAAUCAGACCAUAUUAAUGCCAACACCAACAUGGGCCACCUUUGUCGUCUCCAGGGGCGAUGGGAGGAUGCCAGUCGCUACUAUCAGACUGUCCUGCAGAGGAGACCCAACAACGUAGUGCUUAGAUACAACCUAGGACUCGUGGCCAUGAGCAUGGAAGGUGCUGAGAAUCUACAGUCAUAUCUUCCUAGUGAGUUCCCCUCUUGUGAAAGACGUCUCCUGUAAAAAUAGUUCCUUGUGUUGGGAGGUCCCUUGUCAGUGUGACGGAAUAGCGUAGAUAUUAACUAGUACGUUCCAUUUUUAAUUAGUUACUUCCUUAUACAGCUUGUGUGGUAGGUAAUCUAUUGUUGGUAUUUGCCUCACUUUGUUACUAGGCAACCUAGCUUGUGUUGAAGAGGGGUAGUAAUUAGUUCAUCCGUAGGCAGUCAGUGAAGUAUUGUUGUGUGCUCUUUGAAGCUAAUUGCCGAGUAUUUGAGACGUAUAUUUCUUAAUAUUGGUUAUACAAAGGGAGUGGGUGUAAUGGCAGUCACCGCUGUAAUUGAUUUACCUACGUCAUGUAUACCAUGGAUUAAUUUUGCUGAGCUGUUUUUUUUUAUCCUAGUGCAGGUGACUACAUUUUUUUUUUUUAGUAAAGGGAGGACUCAUUUAGGCUGUUUAGUUGGUUGUCCGGAGUAGCUACAUGCACGUAGGUACAGUAGGAAUAUCAUUUAUCAUUUGUCAAUGGCUGGUUCCAUUAUUUUGCUCACUUUCCCAGUAAGAGUGGCCUGGUGGGUGAGGUGGGGAGGUGGGUGAGCGUGACUGAAAGGAAAUAGGCUAAUUAUGUGUGCUGUAUCUAGUGGUCUUCAUAACAUAAUGUCUUUGCCUUUCUUGGUAAUCUUUCUUAGUGGCCUCUAUUGCCCCUAGUGGCUUGUGCUAGGAAGCCUAGCAACUGCUGUCCACCCACUCACCAAUCAACACCAACUCUAACUGUGGUUUUCUUUUUUCCCUUGAAAAUAAAUUUAUGCUUGUGUUAUGUGUGCAGACUACCCCCACACACUGAGUAACUGCAUGUGUUAAUAAUUACAGUAAAAAUAAAUAAAUAGUUGAUGUAGCUGUGGUUGUAGGACAGCUAGUUGUUCGUUUGUUCUAGUGUUGUUUUGUUUACCCCCAGGCCACAGAAGUACAAGAUUGGCUGAAGUAGAGAAAACAUCUUGCACACCCUCUAGUCAAAUAUUCAACCAUUUGUCACGCACUCAUGUAUGGUAUUUUCAUCACGCUUAUAGCUAUAUAUGUACACGACUCAUUUAAUUAAAAACACAUGUCUCUAGCUAGUGCAUGUGACAACAUCCUCUAGUGUGCUGACUGGAUGGUUUGAGACUGCAGCUGCCUUGCGUAUGUACAUAUGGGAUGAGUUAUAAUUCUUCCGUGUUAAUGAUUUAAAUCGCGUUACAUAAUAAUGCCUUUGUCGCUAACUAUUUUCGCAAUAGAUAUGCGUAUUAUACUGAUUGCUAGGCAACAAAAUAUUGAUCUGAAGUAAUUAGUUUGCUGUCUGGCAUAUAUGGCUACAUCACUAGCAUUAUUGUCAUCAUAGUGCGUAAGUAAAGUGCCAU